AUGGAAAUGGACGUUCAAGAGGAUCCCGGGCCAAUUGAUCUAUUAGUUCUAUCAGACCAGGAUAGGCAUCGGUCGAGCUAUGUGCGAUCAGAGGGGUACACGCCAGUUCAGUUUACGGAGCAUGGCCGUAAACUGAACACAUGGACGGUCGAGCAUCCGGGAGUGAUAGAGCACUUACGACAUGCUGGCUUUUUCUACGUCUCCCGCCUCAGACGAGUACAGCUAGAUCAGGCUCUGUUAGGGGCGUUGAUAGAGCGAUGGAGGCGCGAGACGCAGACAUUCCACCUACGUCACGGAGAGAUGACGGUUACGCUACGUGACGUGGCCAUUAUAGCUGGACUACGAGUGGAUGGGGAGCCUGUUACAGGACGUGUUUCAUUUGAUUUGUUGCAUACAUGUGAGCUCCUUCUUGGGAUACAGCCAGACGAUGUCGUCACCGGCCAGAUCCGCUUGGAGUGGUUGUUUCAGCAUUUCCGGCAUAUUCCUUUGGAUGCUCCGGCGGCCGUGGUUGCAGCAUCUGCACGAGCAUACAUUUUAUUUCAAAUUGGAUGCAGUUUGUUUCCUAACCCCACUGGAUAUCGCGUUCACCUCAAGUGGCUACCGCUACUUGAGGAUUUUGACUUCUGCGGAGGCCUAGCUUGGGGCGCAGCUACCUUGGCCCAUCUCUAUCGGGCAUUAGGGAAUGCCUCUAUGAAAGGAAAGGCCGAGUGUUGUGCUUUUGGUACUCUACUACAGAUAUGGGCAUGGGACUAUAUACAUAUUGGACGUCCCGAUCGAGUUGGAGCUCCACCGGAUCUGCAUGAUUGUCCAUUGGGUUGUCGGUGGAACAUGGGAUUGCGAUUUCGUGGAAAUGUCAGGGCGACCGAUAUUGAGUUUUAUCGCGAUGAGCUAGAUCAGCAAAGAGAGUCACAAGUUACAUGGAUGCCCUAUACGGAGGAUGUUUUGAUCGGUCUUCCUGCAUUUUGUCUUGAGGGCUCAGCAAUCUGGCGUUCGAGAACUAGUUUGAUAUGCUAUCAUAUUGUCGAGCUACAUUUACCUGAUAGAGUUCUGCGUCAGUUUGGAUUGCUGCAGCAUAUACCGGAUCCUGUAGAAGCUAUACAGAGGAUCACCUCGCAGGGUAGAUCAGGCGAGGACUGGGCAGCAUUUCAUGCUCCAUAUAUUCAGCGUUGGGCAGAUCGUCUUGAGCAUAUUGCGGAGCAGAGUCCUUUCGUCGAUCCAGAUCCGAUACGAGCUACCUCUGUAUACAUGCAGUGGUAUUGGGGGAUCACACGGAGGUGGAUUUCUCGUCCUGUACAGCGGCCUCCACUUACUUUUCUGCCGCGUGGGAAUGUCGAGCGACGAUUGGUGUAUGCUAUCCGGCAUGCUGUUAGCGGUAUCGGUCAUUUGAUGGAUGAUCCUCCGGAGCCCACUAGAAUGAUCGAUGCUCUAGCACAUGUAAGGUGGGAUCUCGAGAGCGUGUUAGAGAGCCUUCCGACAUUACCCGUGACAGGACAUUCGGAUGUUUCUUCUCCGACAUUUGGUGCUCACGGUGAUAUUCCCUCCACCUCUACACCUGCAUAUGAUUUCGGUGAUAUUCCCUCCACGUCCGCGCCUACAUAUGGUUUCGAUGAUAUUCCCUCCACCUCGAUGCCUGCGUAUGAUUUUCCAUCGACAUCUGUCCCAAUUCAUCCAUCUGAUGUCCCUUCGACUUCUGAUGUCCCUUCGACAUCGGAAGUGCAGUUUGAUAUUCCGUCGGCGUCCAUCCCUCCAUUUGAGAUUCCAUCUACGUCAGAGGUUCGUCGCGAUGAUAUUGUAUAUCAACGUAGGCGACGACGACGAGGUCAUAUUGGGACGCAGGAAGGGAUACUACCAUCAGCUGUUGAGCAAGGGAUGGAGCAGAUUGUCGAGGGCAUCGCCAUCGAGCAUAUUGAUGAGAUGCAUGUCAUUGAGCCCGUGCAGCCUGAGAUGGAGCAUGACAUACAUAUUCGAGGACGGAGUCGAGGACGCGGUCGUGGACGCGGACGUGGACGUGGCAGGGGACGAGGGCGAGAGCAUAGGAGGGGGAUGGAGGGGACUUGA